GCAGUAUUCAAAAUGUGGAACGAGCAAACGGAGCUUGAGGUGCUGCAACAGAUCUAUGAUCUAACCCAAACAACUACAGCCGUACAGAAUUGGCGCAAUUUGUUAAUAUUUGGCUACAGUCUGCAACGCGACUUAAAGCGCAAAUUGCUUUGGAUAUGGCCCACAGCAUUGGAUCUGAAGAAACUCAAUGGUAUGCUCAAGCAGUUGGACAUACACCAUGUGCUGAGCAUUGGUUGUGGCAGUGGACUACUCGAGUGGCUGCUCAGUGCGGUGGCUAACCAAGAGUUAAGCGUCUACGGCCUCGAAAGGGAUCCGAAUUGGUGGCGCAGCAAAUACGCCGUACGCAGUUUUAUUCCACUGAACUACGUUGAACAAGCGGGCUCCAAAUUGACUAACCAUUUCUUCAGCGGCUGCUGCUCGGGCGUUACGCCUUGUGCUUUGCUCUUUUGCUACUUUAACAACCGCAGUGCUUUUCUGGAUUACCUAAGUGUGUUUGAAGGCAAAUGGCUUAUAUUAAUAGGUCCACAGCCUGCUGUAGGCAUACACACAGACCCGAAUCCUCUGCAGCCGCAGCUGCCCGACAAAGAGUGGGCGUUACGUGAGCUUUGCGACUGGACUGAUCAGAAUGUGGUCGCCAUCUACGAGAAACGUAUUAUUUAGCUAA